AUGAUUUAUUUCUCAAUUCCACACGGCCUCAGUCGCAUUGUGAAGCUACAUCACACUGUCUAUCCUAUGUCUUUCAAUUCGAUCUCUCAAAUUUUGGCUGUUUGUCUUAUUGUAGCUGUUGGCGCCAAAUAUGAAGAUAAGUAUGACCGAUCAAAAAUGCCAUGGGAUUUGCGACCUGUACAGAAUUUUAUCGGACUAUGGGCUAUACAGUCAAUGACUGGCAGAGCCAGGGCUCUACCACCACCAGAUCAGAUUGACUUUGCUAUUAACCCAUUACCAAAGUUUGGUGCUAGAGCAAUCAACAUCACGCACACAUACUUCCGAAAUGGCCAAGUCUAUCGUCAUGAUUACGGUUAUAUGCCGGUAAAGAACGCCACAAGGUCCGAUCCACGAGUACACGUUGCAUAUCUGACAACUUCAAGUGAAGGCUGGUCGAUGAUGGAACAAGGUCAAGUGAAGGGUACGAUAAUGUUCUUCCAUCUAAAGCAAUUCCUCCGAAGAAGUUUUGAUGUUGGCGCCAAUCGUGCUGAUUUGGACAUUCGAGAGUUUGAGAGAGAAUUUGAACUGCCCAACUAUAAUCAGAUGAUCAUGAAAGUCAGAGCCGAAACAACUGUCGAUUAUGAAGACUACACGGCAUUUUAUAGACGAAUCAUGGGUUAAUGUACAUUAUACUUCGCUGAC